GCCCGGGCGGCGGGCGAGGCGGGCUCGCGGGGCGCGGGGCUCGGGGCAAGCCCCAGCGGUGUCUCUGCAGAGGAGCACGGCGAACGCUCCACCUCGGGGCUCUUUCUCCCUCGACCACUCGCCACCUUGUGUCUGGGGAAGUCGCGGCACUCCGUGAGGAGCGCGGCGGCUCGGAGGGCGGAUCCAAGGUUUCACUUCUCGCCUCAGACAGUAGGAGCAGGAGACAAAAUAGCGAACAAGAUAAGUUCAGAUACAACUUGGUUCAGACACGUGCCACCUAUAUGUGAUACAGCGCUCCCUUUAUUGAAGGAGAAGCACAAGAAUUGGAAAUUCUUUUCAUCUUGAGAACCAAGGCGUGAGAGCCGGCAUGAAUGGUCAUAUGUCUAACCCUCCCGGUGGUUAUGGAGUCUACCCUUCUCAGAUGAAUGGCUACGGAUCUUCACCACCCUUUUCCCAGAUGGACAGAGAACAUAGUUCAAAAUCAAGUGCAAAGGCCCUUUAUGAGCAAAGGAAGAACUAUGCCCGAGACAGCAUCAGCAGCGUGUCAGAUGUGUCCCAGUACCGGGUGGAGCACCUGACCACCUUUGUGCUGGACCGGAAAGAGGCUAUGAUAACUGUCGAUGAUGGGAUAAGGAAGUUGAAGCUGCUUGAUGCCAAGGGCAAAGUGUGGACUCAAGAUAUGAUUCUGCAAGUGGACGACCGAGCUGUGAGCCUGAUUGACUUAGAAUCCAAGAAUGAAUUGGAGAAUUUCCCACUAAACACAAUCCAGCAUUGCCAAGCUGUGGUGCAUUCAUGCAGCUAUGAUUCCAUUCUUGCCUUGGUGUGCAAAGAACCAACCCAGAACAAGCCGGAUCUUCAUCUCUUCCAGUGUGAUGAGGUUAAGGCAAAUCUCAUCAGUGAGGAUAUCGAGAGUGCAAUCGGCGACAGUAAGGGCGGGAAGCAGAAGAGGCGGCCAGAGGUCCUGAGGAUGAUUGCCAAAGCAGAGCCCGGCAUCCCCCCUCCUCCCAGAGCUCCUGCCCCUGCACCGCCAGGGACUGUUACUCAGGUGGACGUUAGAAGCCGAGUGGCAGCUUGGUCUGCAUGGGCUGCUGACCAGGGGGACUUUGAGAGGCCCCGGCAGUAUCACGAGCAGGAGGAGACUCCUGAGAUGGUGGCAGCCCGGAUUGACAGGGAUGUGCAAAUCUUAAACCAUAUUUUGGAUGACAUUGAGUUUUUUAUCACAAAACUCCAAAAAGCAGCUGAAGCUUUUUCUGAGCUUGCUAAAAGGAAGAAAAGCAAAAAAAGUAAAAAGAAAGGACCUGGAGAGGGUGUUUUAACGCUGAGGGCAAAACCCCCACCUCCUGAUGAAUUUGUUGACUGUUUCCAGAAGUUUAAACAUGGAUUCAACCUUCUGGCCAAGCUGAAGUCCCAUAUCCAGAACCCGAGUGCUUCAGAUCUGGUUCACUUCCUGUUUACUCCGCUAAAUAUGGUGGUCCAGGCGACAGGUGGUCCUGAACUGGCCAGUACGGUACUCAGCCCACUGUUCACUAAAGAUACGGUUGAUUUUUUAAACUAUACAGUCACGGCAGAUGAACGGCAGUUGUGGAUGUCACUGGGCGAGACUUGGCUGAAGGUCAGAGCAGAGUGGCCGAAAGAACAGUUCAUCCCGCCCUAUGUUCCAAGGUUCCGCAGUGGCUGGGAGCCCCCGAUGCUGAACUUCAUGGGCGCUCCCACUGAACAAGACAUGUACCAACUGGCCGAGUCCGUGGCCAGUGCGGCAGAACACCAGCGCAAACAGGACAGCAAGAGAAUGUCCACAGAGCAUUCCAGCGUGUCUGACCAUUCUCCAGCCGAUGGGUAUGCAUUCAAUAACAGCAUGUACAAUAGAGGGCCACAUCUGGACCAAGGGGAGGCUGCCGGGGCUUUCAAGUCAACUCCCAAUCGCCAUGGAGAUAGAAAUUAUGAGUCCGUCAAAACACAAACCAAGAAAUACGCCAAAUCCAAGUAUGAGUUCAGAGCAAGGAAUAGCAGCGAGCUCACGGUUCAGAAGGAUGAAGUCUUAGAGAUACUUGAUGACAGGAAGCAAUGGUGGAAAGUUCGGAAUGCCAGUGGAGACUCUGGGUUUGUGCCAAAUAACAUUCUGGACAUCGUGAGACCCCCGGAAUCUGGCGUGGGGCGUGCUGAUCCCCCAUAUACCCAUACCAUACAGAAACAAAGGAUGGAGUAUGGUCCAAGAUCAGCCGAGGCUCCUUCUGCCCCAUCACCCCCUCCAACACCAGCGCCCGUUCCAGUCCCCCUUCCCCCCUCUGCACCAGCACCUGUUCCUGUGCCCAAAGUUCCAGCAAACGUCACCCGUCAGAACAGCAGCUCCAGCGAGAGCGGGGGCAGCGUCGUGCGAGACAGCCAGCGAUACAAACAACUCCCAGUGGACCGAAGAAAGUCUCAGAUGGAAGAGGUGCAGGAUGAACUCUUCCAGAGGCUCACCAUCGGGCGCAGCGCUGCACAGAGGAAGUUCCACGUGCCGCGGCAGAAUGUGCCGGUGAUCAAUAUCACUUACGACUCCACCCCGGAGGAAGUCAAGACCUGGCUGCAGUCGAAAGGAUUCAACCCUGUGACUGUCAAUAGCCUGGGGGUGUUAAAUGGAGCACAACUCUUCUCCCUCAAUAAAGAUGAACUGAGGUCUGUCUGCCCCGAAGGUGCCAGAGUCUUUAGCCAAAUCACUGUUCAGAAAGCUGCUUUGGAGGACAGUAAUGGAAGCUCUGAGUUACAAGAAAUCAUGAGGAGACGUCAGGAGAAGAUCAGUGCUGCUGCCAGCGACUCGGGAGUAGAGUCGUUUGAUGAAGGAAGCAGUCACUGAUUGGUUGGAUGCCGUCACUCUUGGCUUUGUUGGACACGCUUUGUUUUAAGAAGCCUUGAAGGGAAUGUCAAAUCUAUUGGCCUGGUCUAUGUAAAUUAUCGCCAUAGAAGGAAACAGUGUGUACUGAGUAAGCAGAGGACUUGCUGCUUCUUGGCCUAUUGUUUUGAUUAAAAAGUAAGAUGUGGGCAGGUGAGGUUGGUUGUUCAGCAAGUAAAAGUACUUGCCGCCAAGCCCAAUGACCUGAGUUCGAAUCCCUGGACCUGCAUGGUGGAUGGAGAGAGCUGGCUUUUCCAAGUUGUCCUCUCACCGCCAUACAGAAGUAACAAGUGUCAUUAAAACAAUUUUAAAGGUAAUUUAAAUUAAAAAGAAAAGAAUGAGACUGUUUUGACCUUGGGAAGCACUUUUUUCCAUUUUCCUAAGGUAUACUUCCCUUCGCUCCAUGAAUUCUCCCAGCUUCAUCUGGUGAUCUAUGUUGGGUUAUUUUGACAAUGGAAAAUUUACUCACUGCAGCAAGGAAAAGAUAUGGCCAUUGAUGACUAAGUCUACCCACUCAGCUCUCUGUGACUGGGGUGCCUGUCAUCCAGGGAGGAGGCUCAGCGAGACUACCCUCUGCCUACUUUAGGUCUCUCCUCUGACAUACCUAAUGACAGCACAUUUACGUGUAUUUAAAGUUCUUAAUGCCAACCGUUUAAAAAUAGCACAUUUGAAUGAACUGUACAAUAUAGCCAGACCUUGAACGUGCAGAUAGGAGACUGUAGUACGUUCUCAAAACGCUUUGUUCCUCGAAGCUCUGUCAGUUGCAAAAUCUUGCAUAGAUUAUGCUUUGAUUUAGUUUAAAUUCUGCUUAUUAUGUAUACUGUGUAAUUAAAUAUGAGAAAGCACAAGUGGGAAGAAGUCACAUACAUUCACAAUCACUCAGAGUAGCCCACGCUGCUGUUUAUUACAGUAUUUUGCUUAAUGAAAGCCUCAGUUAUAAAUAUUGAUAUAAGUAGUAAAAGGAUAUGGGGCCAUUUUAUGUGUUUUAUCUGUGUAACAAGGGACACUUAAUUUACAUGUACCUUAACCCCAUGAAAGAAUCUAGAUAGAAGAAAAAUAGCUAACCUUCAACAAAUGUUAUUUUUGGAAACACGAUUUUUGUCAUUAAAUGUAAUAUUAUUUCACAUUUAUAAAAAAGAUGUUAUGUAAGAAUGUUGUAUAUUUUAACAUAAAUCCAUUUAGAGAGAUUAUCUAGAUUCAUUAAUUUUUCAUAGUGCCUUUUUCACUUGAGUCGGCUGGAAAGAGUCUGCAAUAAACAGUAUUUGCUGUAUAUUAAUAAAUAGCUUCUA